UGCUUAGGCUGGUCACACUUGGAAAGAUGAAGACAGAAAAGCAGGAGGACCAGGACCGGAUCCAGAAGAGGGUCAACAAGAUCCUGGAGGCGCGCCUGGAGUCGGACAAGGACACCUUGGAUGCACUCAGCGGCCUGUCUACGUUCUUCACGGAGAACACCCUCCAGAAUCGCCGGAAUCUGCGCAGCCAGAUUGAACACCGCUCCGUGGGCAUCAAUGAGAACUUCCUGAAGGCCUUCCGCGAGGUCAAGCUGUCGCUGGACGCGGUAUGCGCGGAUCUGGACACAAUGGCCACGUCAGUGGAGACCAUGAAGUCGGAUCUGGAGACGUCAAAGGCCCUGACCAAGGAUCUUAUCGAGCAGACCAACACCAUGCAGCGGGAGCGGGACCGUUUGGAGGUGCAUCAGCAGAUUGCGCAGGCCUUUUUGGCCAGAUUCCAGCUGAGCGGGCAGGAGCAUCAAUUGCUAUAUGGCGCCGCCAAGGAUGCACCCAUUGUCCACGACUUCUUCCGUGUGCUGGACAGGGUCCAGAGUAUCCAUGCUGACUGCCGGCUGUUGAUGCAGUGUGGCUAUCAAACGGCCGCCUUGGACAUCAUGGAGGAGAUGACGUUGCACCAGGAGGGAGCCCUAGAGCGGCUUUAUCGCUGGACCCAGAAUCACUGUCGCAGCUUGGAGAACAAUGAGAUUGGUCCACUGAUUGUGGAGGCCAUGAGUCGGCUUCAGGAUCGUCCAGUGCUCUUCAAAUACGUCAUUGAUGAGUAUGCCAUUGCCCGGCGUGCUGUCCUGGUGCGCCAGUUCAUCGAGGCCUUGACGGAGGGCGGCCCUGGCGGCAAUCCCAAGCCCAUUGAGCUACAUGCCCAUGAUCCUAAGAGGUAUAUUGGCGAUAUGUUUGCCUGGCUGCAUCAGAGUAUACCCAGCGAGAAGGAGAACCUGUCGCUGCUGUUUAAGAAGUGCGACAAGCAAGACAUUUCCGACCAGCUGCAGAGCGCCUUGGGUUACAUAGCCGAUGGCGUUUGCCAUCCUUUGAAAGUCCGCGUGGAGACGAUUUUGCAGGCGGAAAAGGACACCAUUGUGCUGUUUACCAUCUCUAAUUUGUUGCGUUUUUACCAGCAAAUAAUGCGUCAGGUGGUGCAGGGCGGCAGCCUGGAGGAUUGCCUGGUGGAGCUGCAAAAGAGCAGCGAACAGAUUUACCUGGGUGCCCUGGCCUCCCAAGUGCGCAGUGUUUUGCAGCGUCCUUCGGGAGGUUCAGGUUUGGCUUUGGAGCCACCACAAAGGGAUCUGAUUCCACCGCCCAGCGUUGCCCGUCUCCUAAAUAUGCUAAAGGAGAUCCUAUCGGUGGCCACCAUGGUCGAUGGCCGCCAAGCGGACAUCACCAAGAUUGUGAGCUGUGUGAUUGAUCCUUUGCUGCAAUCGGUGCAGGAAAGUGCCGCCCAUCUGCCCACCGUGGACAUGGGCGUUUAUCUGCUCAACUGUCUGCAUCACAUGCAGAGCUCUUUGGCUGUUUACGAGUACAUGGACGAGCGUGUGGAGCGAUUGCAGGCCCAGUCGGAUGCCCAAUUGGAUACUCUCACCUCGGAGCAGGCCUCGUCGCUGGUGGCCAAUCUCAAUCUGGGCCCCAUCUACGCCAUCCUGCAGAGCAAUCAGUCCAAGAUUGAGACCAAUUUGCUCAAGAUUUUCAUGUCCAAGAUGGAUGCCUUUUUGGAGCUGCCCGAUGUCUUGCUGUUGCCCCAGGUGCAGCUCAUCAUGUCCAGCAGUCAUCGGGCCACGGUGCAAAAGCGCUCCUUUAACGUCAUUGUGGCUAUUUACAAGCAGAUUUAUGAGAGGGUUCACGAUCCAGCCAAUGGGUUUGAGCAGCCGGAGCAGUUGCUGCACAGGACACCUGAGCAGGUGGCCCACAUUCUCACUUCGAGUUAGGGGGCAGGGGUCUGUGGUUAUUAUUCCAAUUCGUAUUGUUUAUUAUUGUGAGAAUGUAGCCUACCUUAAGUAUCUUUUAUUAAAUUAAUUGCCUUUUCCUGAAA